UGAGGUUGCGGGAUGGGGCUUGCGGGGGAUUGGAAAGAUCUUGUGUGUGCGUAUGGCACAGCUGGGGCAUAGAGGUGUGGGAGGGGUGCGGAGUAGUUUCCUCCGUUUAAGUGGUACUGCGCCCAUGAGGGGACAAAGUUUGGUGGCUGGGUAUGAGGGGCCGACAUUGGGCGGAUGGAAGGAAGGGGUUGAUGGAUUUGCUGGAUUUGCUGGGGAACUGGUUGGAGACUUGGCCGGGGAAUGGGCUGGUUGAGCCACGGUCUGGGGAUCCCGUCGGGUUGGUUCAUGUAUCCUUGGCUUUGUAGGUGCUGGUUCUGUUGCCAGGUUGGUGCUAUCGGCGACAUGGAGCUGAAGUGCCGCGGUGGGAGCCCUACUGGCGCCGACAAAACGGGGCGCUGGGGUUGGCGUUGGCGUUGGCGUGGAAUGGGUGUCGGAGUAGACUGUGGACCUCUGCCUCCGGCUCGGGUGGCUCGGGUUGGUGUCUGGUUUCUCGCACGCUGGCGUGGAUUUGGAGAUAGACGGUUCUGGUUGUCUCCGCCGAAGAUUGGGGCUUGCGGUUGUGCCGGUGUUGGCGAUGGGGCGCUGUUCUCGGGGCUUCCCGGUCUCGAUGGAGAGUACCGGGAUCCAGCCGGUACUGGCGAUGCGUAUCGUCCCGGUGCAAUCGGAAGGGGGUGACGCCCGUUGGGGAGGACGUAUCGGCCGGUUAUGUACCGGGGUGGAGGAGUAGAGCUCGUGAUAUUGGUUGUAGGAGUAGUGGUGUUAUCUACAUUCCAAGCUGUAGGAGCCGUCGUGGUGGCGGCAGGAGUCGCAGGGCCGGAAUUAGGAUCCAUGGUGACAGGUUG